AUGACCGACCAUCCAGCGCUAUCAUGGGAGGCUAUGCAAGACGGGACCAUCUUCUACAGGCGACACCAGCUGUACACCAUCCCUGACAAGCUGCCAGGCGACCUCCGCGACUUCAUUGUUGCUGGGUGUCGGUAUGGCGGACCCAUUGCUGUAAUGCGAGACACGACCAAAAUGGUCGUCAUUAGUCGCGGGGGGCCGUCCUUCUCCAAGUCUCAAAUCCAGAUAUAUUCUCCUGCGGGGGAGGCACUCUUGCUCUUCAGUUGGGACCAAGGCAAGAUCAUACGUUUCGGGUGGACGGGUGACGAACGUUUGGUCGUCCUCAACGAGGAAGGCGUGUACCGCAUAUAUGACCUUCAAGGCGAAUAUACCCAGUACUCCCUCGGAAGUGAGGCGGGAGAACUUGGCAUUGUGGACGCAAGGAUACACGAGUCGGGGCUCGUCGCGCUCACCGGUCAACUGACGUUCUUGGAAGUGAAGGAGUGGACGGGCGGAAAGCCGUUGACAUUGGCAAACCCUGGACUGGCCCAGCCACCACAGUCAUGGACCGUCAUUCCCCCAGACCAGACCAUCUCGCGACAUGUCGAGGUGCUUCUUUCGGUCGAUCAGACCAUUCUCAGCGUGGACAACUUGGAGAACAUCGACCAGCGUAUAUCGCGCGGGCCGUUCACCCACAUGUCGCCUUCACCGAAUGGCAAGUCGCUCGCACUCCUCACCUACAACGGUCUCCUGUGGGUCGUCUCCACCGACUUCCAACGUUCUUUGGCGGAAUUCGACACAAAAUCGGUCGCCGGUGCAACAGGGGAAGUGCAUCAGGUUGAGUGGUGCGGGAAUGACGCGGUCUUGGUGACUUGGAACGGGUUGGCGGUGUUGGCUGGGCCGUUCGGAGACACACUGCAGUACUUCUACACAGGGUCGACAUUCGCUAUGACCGAGCCGGAUGGUAUUCGCAUUAUUGGACCCGACACAUGCGACUUUGUGCAGAAAGUGCCCACGUCAUCCGUGUCCGUCUUCCGUCCAGGUUCAACGUCACCGUCGGCCAUUCUUUUCGACGCCUUUGAGAACUUCUCCAAGCGGUCACCGAAAGCAGACGAAAUGAUCCGCAGUAUUCGAAUCAACCUUGCUACCGCCGUGGACGAAUGCAUCGACGCCGCCGCGCGGGAAUGGGAACCUUACUGGCAGCGUCGUUUGCUCAACGCUGCAAAGUUUGGCCGAUCUUUUCUCGACAUGUACGAUCCUACGGACUUUGUUAACGUCGGCCAAGCACUCAAGGUCCUCAACGCCGCCCGCUUCUACGAGAUCGGCAUCCCGCUCACCUACGGCGAAUAUACGCAGCUCUCUCCUUCCCACCUCAUAUCCCGCCUUCUCUCCCGCAAUCUACACCUUCUCGCCCUCCGCAUCUCCUCAUACCUGUCCCUCCCUCCCAACGCUGUUCUCAAGCACUGGGCGUGCGCCAAGAUCGCGCGUUCAAAACCCGUGGCGGGCUCAGGGGGUGAGGACGCGGGGGAUGAAGCGCUGUGCCGGAUGAUCGUAGAGAAGUUCAAGACGUUGGGUGGUGCCGGCGUGAGCUACGCAGACAUCGCGAAGCGAGCAUGGGAGGUCGGCCGUACGGCGCUGGCGACACGGCUGCUGGAUCACGAGACGAGGGCGUCGGACCAAGUGCCGCUGCUGCUGAGCAUGAAGGAGGACAAGCUCGCCCUGGAGAAAUCGGUCGAGAGCGGGGACUCUGACCUCGUGUACCAUGUACUGCUGCACCUGCAGAAGCGCAUGUCGCUUGGCUCGUUCUUCCGCCUCAUCGAGGAGGGGGGCCCGAAGCUUGCGCCGGCGAGUCGCCUGCUGCAAGUGUACGCGCGCGAACAGAACCGGGACAUGCUCAGGGACUUCUACUAUUCCGACGACCGUCGAGUGGAGAGCGCAGUACUUUGCCUAGAGGAUGCUGCUGUCGCAACUGACCCCGGCGCAAAACUCACGUCAGUCAAGGCGGCGCAGAAGUUCUUUUCGGAGGACAAGGACCGCGGGUUUGAGGCCAAGAUGAUGGAUGAGAGCGUGCGCCUCAUGACGCUGCAGCAGACACUGGAGAAGGAGGCCGAUGGUAAAGUGGCGUUCUUCGGGCUGAGCGUGAACGAGACGAUCCGGGAAUGCCUCAUCAACGGCAUGUCGAAACGCGCGGACAAGGUCAAGUCGGAUUUCAAGGUCCCCGACAAGCGGUUCUGGCACGUCAAGAUGCAGGCUCUCACUGCCAUCCGAGACUUCGAGGGCCUCGAAAUGUUCGCCAAGUCGAAGCGCUCUCCGAUCGGGUACGAGGUUUUCGUGAAGCACCUCGUGGAGAAGGGCCACCAGAAGGAGGCACUUUCGUACGUGCCCCGGUGCGACGGCCCGAAACGAGCAGACCUGUAUGUGCUGGCUGGUGAUUGGCGUGCGGCGGAGAAGGAGUGCAAGGAUCGUAAUGACAAGGCCAAGCUCGAACAGCUGAAGGCUAAGGCGCCGAAUUCUCUGAUUCAGAGAGAGCUGGAGCAAGCUGCGGCGUCGAUGAAGUAG